AUGGCCCAUGUACAUCGUCACGAUCACGGUCUACCGUUUUCAGAUGACUGGACAACAGGAAACGAGAGUCAGCAGCUGAUCAGAUUCAAAAAUUCGUGGGAGUCGUUCAUCGAUUCUCUCCUCCGAGAAUGGAAGACGCUCAACCUCGUCUCCGCACUGUUACUGUCAGCCACCCUGUCUAUGUUCACGAACCAAGAAAUCGCCUGCAACCCCGCCAUACGCUCCAUGGCACUGCUCUCGCUUACCUUCGCACUCAUGUCCCUCUCAUACGGGUGCAUAUACAUCGUCCAAUUUUCGACCAUGAAAAGCAUGUAUAAGGCCACAAGGUGGGCGCAAGAAGUGCAGGGAACAAGUACAAAUAUACUUUGGAACGUCUGGAUAAUGCUGGCAUUGCCUGGGGUGUGGUUGGCUUGGUCCAUGAUCCUUUUUAUUGCCUCUAUCCUCGUGUUCGUAUGGCGCUCCGGAUCCACAACCGAUCCAUCUACUCCUUCCUCACUCCCCCCAACCGAAGCGUACACUACUAAGACGUUUGUUUCAUUCUUUUUCUUCGUGGGCGGCAUCUAUUUUAGCGCCAUCGUGAACACGUUACACGGAUACGGGAGGGUAAAGGCGGGGGAAGCGGUGGCAGAGGCGGCAGCGAGGGAAACGAGAGAUCCCAGAAGAGAAAGAAGAGAAAGCAGAGAUGUAGACCGUGAGAUGGAGAUGGGGGCAACAGGCAUAAAGGAGAAAGGACAUAGGGGAAAAGUCGUGAUGGUGCUGUGGGUGCAUAAGUCGCAGGGGCAUACAUACAUUAUCAAGUGCGUUUAUUCAACUCAUGAGUAUACAUACCAUUGCAUCGUGUCGUAUAUCCAGUGGACAUUCGUCAAGAUACCUUGUAUAGUACACUAUGUCUUGUUCUUGUUCCAGGAACAUUUAAUAUGCUCGAGACGCUCGAGUAACCAUGUGACGUGCGAAUUUGAGAACAUACAUGUGUCAACGUAA